UCUUGGGUUCUCUCUGCACUCUCAGGUUCUCUCUGCACUCUCUCAGGUUCUCUCUGCUCUCUCGGGUUGUCUCUCUCUGGGUUCUCUCUGCACUCUGGGUUGUCUCUCUUGGGUUGUCUCUCGGGGGUUCUCUCUGCGCUCUCGGGUUGUUUCUCUCGGGUUCUCUCUGCGCUCUCGGGUUGUCUCUCUCGGGUUGUCUCUCUCUGCACUCUCGGGUUGUCACUUUCUGAUUGUCCCUCUUUGAACUCCCUAGUUGUUUUUCUGGCUGUCUCUGGUUGUCACUCUCUGGCUGUCACUUGGCUGUCUCUGUGCCCCUUGUUG